UGGCACGAGGGGAGGAUGUGUAGUCGACUGAGUAUGACGUCAUCAUUGUACGAUACGAAGAGCUGAGCAGAAGAUAAAAGAAGAAAGGGGGGGUCAGACGAAAAUCGUACAAGUAACAGCUAUCCUGCCUCCCGUGGAGAUGGGUGACAGCGAUGACGAAUACGAUCGCCGGAGGAGAGAUAAGUUUAGGCGGGAACGGAGUGACUUUGAUCGUUCAAGAGAGAGAGAAGACAGGCGUCGGGAUGAUUGGAAUGACAGAGAAUGGGACCGAGGCAGCAGGGAACGGCGAAGUCGGGCAGAGUAUCGGGAUUAUGACCGAGGUCGUCGUGAGAGGUUCACCCCUCCAAGGCAUGAUAUCAACCCACAGCAGAAACGCAUGAGGAGAGACUGGGAUGACCAUGGUGGGGACCACUACCAUGGGGGCUAUGACCUGGGAUACGGUGGUGGUGGCGGUGGAGGCGGUGGGGGGCCAAGCUAUGCCCCUCCACAGCACUGGGGCCACCCAGACCUGCACCUGAUGCAGCCUCAUCAUGGCAUCCCUAUCCAAGCAAGGCUAGGCAACAUCCAUGACAUGGACCUGGGCCCUCCCCCUCCCAUUAUGAAGAGCUUCAAGGAGUUCCUGGUGUCACUGGACGACUCAGUGGAUGAGACUGACGCCGUCAAGCACUACAACGAGUACAAGAUCGACUACCGCCGGCAGCAGAUGCAGGACUUCUUUCUGACGCACAAAGAUGAAGAGUGGUUCCGCUCUAAGUACCACCCUGUCGAGAUGGAGCGGCUGGCGGUGGAGUCCCGCGGCUCCCUGCAGAACCGCCUCAACGUCUUCCUGUUCCUCAUGGAGAACAGCUGGCUGGACAACGUGUCGCUGGACAUCGACCGCGCGCAGGCGAUCACCAAGGUCCUGGACGCAGCCGUGAUCAAGAUGGAGGGAGGCACCGACCACGACCUCCGUAUCCUGGACCUGCCCUUUGAGGAGGAGGAGAGGGAGCGGGACCGGGAGCGGGACCGGGAGCGGGACCGGGAGCGGCCGGCCCCCGGUCCGGGGGGGCCAGAGUCCUCCAGGAGGGAAGACCCCAGAGUCGGGGAGGGAGAGCGCAAGCCCCCGUCAGAUAAAGACCAGAACAACAGGGCGGAGAGUAAUCCAGCCGGCUCCAAGCAGGGCGGAGCGGCCCGGCCCGGACAGGGCAACGGACUGAAGGCGGAGAAGGGGAAGGAGUCCCCGAGCAAAGAGCUUCCUGAGAACAAGAAGACGAGGAGAAAGAGGAAGAGGAGCGGCGACAGCGAAGACGAGGCCAGCGCCUCGGACAGCGAGUUCGAUUCGGAUUCGGACUCAAACUCUGUGUCCUCUGACAAACCCGCCGAGAAGGAAGAGCCGGAAAAGAAGAAGAACAACAACAACAACAAGGAGGAGGAGGGAGAGGAGGGAGAGGAGGGCAAAGACGACGCAAAGGAAGUGAAAGUGGAGGAGAAAAAACCAGAGGAGCCCGAGGAAGAGGAGGACAAGGAAGAGAGGGUGAAGGAAGAGAGGGAGGAGAAGAAGAAGCCCAAAGACGACGCGCCCAGGCCGCGGCCGCUCCACAAGACCUGCUCCCUCUUCAUGAGGAGCAUCGCGCCCACUAUCUCCAAGACUGAGAUCGUCUCUCUGUGCCGGAGAUACCCCGGCUUCUUGCGCAUCUGCCUGUCGGACCCCCACCCUGAGCGCAGGUUCUUCCGUCGCUGCUGGGCGACCUUUGACCGCAGCGUCAACAUCAAGGAGAUCUGCUGGAACCUGCAGAACAUUCGGCUGCGGGACUGCGAGCUGGCGCCGGGCGUGAACUGCGACUUGGUGCGGCGCGUCAGGAACAUCAACGGCAUCACGCAGCACAAGCUGGUCCUCCGCAACGACAUCAAGAUGGCCGCCAAGCUCAUCCAGGCUCUGGACGAGAGGGGGGGGCUGUGGAGCCACAAGGCCGACGAGGAGGGCCAGGCGGGCGAGCUGCCAGCGCAGAACCCCAUCAUGAAGAACAUCACAGACUACCUGAUCGAGGAGGUCAGCGCCGAGGAGGAGGAGCUACUGGGCAGCAUGAGCGGAGGGGACUCUGACGAGGGCCCCAAGGAGGGCAACCCCACCGAGACCCCCGUGGAGAGGGACGACAAGCUGGCCAAGGUUCUGGACCGCCUGCUGCUGUACCUGCGCGUGGUCCACUCCAUCGACUACUACAACACGUGCGAAUACCCCAGCGAGGACCACAUGCCAAACCGCUGCGGCAUGGUGCACGUGCGCGGACCCAUCCCCCCCAACCGCAUCACGCACGGAGAAGUGAGCCAGUGGCAGAAGAUGGUGGAGGAGAAGCUGGCACCGCUGUUCAACUCCAAGGAGCUGCUGUCGGAGGACGAGGCGUCCAAGAUGGGCCGCAAGGACCCCGAGCAGGAGGUGGAGAAGUUUGUGUCGGCCAACACCCAGGAGCUGGGCAAGGACAAGUGGCUGUGUCCACUGAGCGGCAAGAAGUUCAAGGGCCCGGAGUUUGUGCGUAAGCACAUCUUGAACAAGCACGGGGACAAGAUCGAGGAAGUGAAGAAGGAAGUGACCUUCUUCAACAACUUCCUCAUGGAUGCCAAGAGACCCUCGCUGCCGGAGCUGAAGCUGCCCCCCCUUCCGGGCCCGGGACAAGGUGGGAUGGGCCCCAACAUGCCGUUUCCCCCCCAGGGGCCCAUGGGCUUUGGCCAGCCGCGACCACCUCUCAUGGGCUUUGGAGGUGUCCCUGCGUACCCACCCAACCAGUACGGCGGGGGCCGGGGUAACUACGACGGCUUCCGGGGGCCCGGUGGAUACCCCGGGAAGCACCGUAACAACAGGAUGGCCCGGGGCGACCCGCGCAACGUGGUGGAGUACCGGGACCUGGACGCACCCGAAGACCUAGAGUUUUUCUAAUCCAAUCGAUCCCUUUUUCAUUAAUUUGCCGUUUUGUGUGUUUAUUCAGUUCCUCCUUCCACUAUUGCCCCGCCCCUCAAAAUCAUUUGCUUAAUUAGGUAUGGAAAUUAUUGUAAUCCACUGCUUUAAUGUUAUUCCUCAAGAAAUAAAAACGUAUGAACAAAAAUGUAUUUGUCAAAUUAUAAGACUUUAUUGCCACUGUUCCCAUAUUUUAAAUCACAUGUGAAUUGUCAUAUAUUCACAUUGAAGAUAUGAAUACUGCAUUGGAACCACGUAAACAAUACAACACAAAUAAGGCAUCGACAAUAUGUGCAGAGCUGUAGCAUUAUUUUAAAUAUCUAGUUUGUUGCACAGGAUUUCUGAUGCCUGUUGUCAUGAACCGAGAGACCAGACGCCUAUGAAGACCUAUUUUUACAGGGUAAAUCCUUCACUUGAUCAGAGCAGGGCUGUCGUUGAAGUAGUCCCAUGGUCGAGGCAGCGUGGAGAAAGUCUGUCUGGUUUACCCAAUGCGAGUCCUCUAAAUGAUCUGCAGCUCGUGGCUUUCAGAGAGACCGCAGCUGACCUUAUGCUCGUGGAACAGUUUGGAGAGCGACUCCAUGUAAAGGUUGUGGUAGUGGUCCACUUCUUCCUCUGUAGGGACCAGAAGCUUCGGCACAGCGAUGGGAGCUCCCACUGAAACCAGAGGGAUAGAAAUGUGGUUGAUGGUUCCGGAUCUUCAAUCAGAGGCAGAACCCCCUGAUGUUCCCUGAUGGGGCUCAGUUCAAGGCUCAUCACCUUGGAUGAAAGCAUCAACUGAAACUUCAAAAUGCAUUUCCUGCAGAAAAUGUGGCAACUGCUACAGUGCAACGUGAGGUUGAAAAUAUGUUUUUAGUAAAUCCACAAAGUUUUAAGGCUUAAAGAAAUGUUAAAUGGCUUAAAUCGAGUAAAGGGAUUUGAACAUAGUCGAAAUGGAGUUAACAAUGUAAACACACCAUUUAAGAAAAAUUCAAUUGGUUGGAAACAAAGUGAAGAGCUCAACAAAUAGCUAAUGUGAUUAAGUUUGAAUACAUUUGAGAUAGCUGAGCUGUUCUGAUAAUGUGUGUGUGUGAGUGUGCCUGCGUGUUGACCUUAUUCCUCC